AUGCUCAAAGAGGAACUCAGUGUUGCUGCUGGUGGAUUUCCCCCUGCUAUUCUUUCCAGCGAAGCGGACGCGCAUGUUUCCGAACCCUCUGAUGUCCUGAAGGUUCUAUUUCAAUAUGUUGCAGCAGACACCGACCAUGAUGAUCCAACCCUGGAGCACAUCGAUUUCUUCUUACUGCUGAGAGUGGCUGCAGCGGCAGAAAAAUAUGAAGUAUACCAGGCAAUUGCUGCCAUGCGACUAGAAUUCAGGAAAUUCUUCCACAGUCACUCCAGACAAAUCUUCCACUUUGCUUUAGCUAGUUGGGACAUGUCUUUGAUUGAGGAACUCUCUGCUUACACAGCGAACAUACCUAUGGAGGAGGUAGCUUUUCUAAUGAGGCCGUGUCCUCGCAUGUUUAAAAGAUGGUGCUUAUGGAGACAUUACCACCUUGGAACAUUAUUCAAAACUCCGGCUGACAGCUCGAGAGAGGGAAAGAUCAUCGAUAAUCAAAGACGUUGGCAAGCUUACCGAGCCCUGGGGCACUUUCACUUUGUUUCGGACAUGGAUCCACUGAACGGCUCGUUCUUGGGCUUGACGAGACAUGUUGGGCUGUUCAUAACAACAGAUUUUUAUCAAAUCAUGCCCUAUAUCUUUCCGGAAAUCAAUCGAUUAGUUUCUCAGUUGACAAUGAACGACCAUCUGAGGCGUCAAGCGUUUCUGAUGCGCCUCCGAAUCAUUUCUUCAGAGUGGGAGGAUCGGUUUGCUGAUCUUUUCCUUCCUCGCUUCCCAGAGGAAACGAGCUCCCACUACCAGGAAAGGCUUGCAUAUGGCAAGGAGAUAUUCUUACAUCCAAUAAUUGAAGGUCUGGAAAAGAUUGUGGGGGACAAGGGCGUACGAGCAACUGGCUUCAGACUCUCUUCCAUUUCAUUCGGUGCAAUCGAGAGCCUCCUCGUGGAGGAAUAUAUAUGGAGGAUGAUCAUCCAUGGCGUGACGGGUGCACUCGUGGAGUCGCCUUGCCAUUUUGACCUCGAUAACCCCACCAACGAUGAGGAUAUAAUCGAUCGCCUCCAAAGGUAUUAUGAAGAGCAUAAAUUUAUCCCUCCUUCUGAGAGAGAGGAAGGUCUGCCGGAGAUCUUGAAGGAAGAGGGAAUCGAUACCGAUUCUUGGAUUGCAAAAGCUACCCCAUAUAAUGCUCUUAUACCAGCUGCCAUAUCCUUCAAAAUGUCUCGCCCUCCCAUCGUCUCUCCGGAGAUGAUCACGUCUUACAAGAAUGCAAUCCGCAGUGAGCGCAAGCAAUUCAAGCAAGGAUUUUAUCCUGAUCUUUGGUACAACCUUUCUGUCUAUGAAAAGGGCGGUUCUUUAGUGACAGAUCAGCUUAUUGACGAGGAGUCUGUUUCCAUUCCCGAUUCAAUUUUUUGA